CCGAAAUAUUUUUGACGCUUUAGCCUUUAAAACUGAAACUAACAAUUAUUUUCUAAGGCUUUAGCCUUUAUGUUGCCUUUUAUCACUAGCCUUUUUUGAUCCACAGUGGCCUCUAUUCAAGUAUUCAGAAUUUAAUGCGAACUUACAAAGUCAAAUGGAUGUCAAAAGAAUAUAUCUUUCCUAAGAAAUAUUUUGAUUUUGCCAAACUACAUUUAUGAGUAGACCAAACAAAAGAUAUUAUAAGAAACCAAUUUCUGCUACUAGCGGUAUUACUAAAACUCAAAAAAAUGAUGUUAGAGAACGUAUUUUGAAAGCCUUUGAGUCAAGGUAUGACAAAUGUGACCAAACCCAAAAUGUUGUUUCACCAGUCUCCAGUUUUUCUUUGCGAUCUAGAAGGAGACACAAGUCUACAGGAAAAGAAAACCUCCAAGACUCAUCUCUGUCAUGGCAACACAAAUAAGAAUAAGCCAAAAAGUAAAAUUCAAAGGAGAGCCUUGGAUUCUUCAAGUUCAGAUGAAAAAGAUGAAGUUAUCGUGAUUUCUCCCAGUGUUAAUUUACCUAGUCCUGAAGAUAGUCAAACUGCGAGAAGAAAGAAAAGAAAAACCAGAGCAGAGAGAAACAAAACUUCUGGACUAUCUAAAUCUAAUAAGACUGAGAGUAAAUCGAAUGUAGCAAAGCAUAUCUCAACAACUCAAACAUUAACUAAUGCUGGUGAACAUAGUAAAGAAAAUGAUACCUCAUUAAGUAAAAUUAGUAACACCAGAUUAACU